AGCAUUGGUGGUGUAGUUAUGGCGGCGCUUCAGCUAUUCUCCCCUUUUCUGCCAAAGCUUCCUCCUUCGUACACCUCCCAAUUUGCUCCUCCCACCUACUCUUUUCGGAUGUCUUCUUCGUCCACGCCAAGGUGCUCUUCACUUGCACCGGUUGCUCCACUGGAAGCAAUCCUAUUCGAUAUUGAUGGAACACUAGCUGAUUCUGAUCCUAUCCAUUACUAUGCAUUUAGAGAAAUGCUUCAAGAGCUAGGAUACAAUGGUGGAGAUCCCAUAACUGAGGAAUUCUUCAUAACUAAUAUUAGUGGCAAGCAUAAUGAGGAACUCUGUCAGGUUCUCUUCCCAGAUUGGGAUCUCCAAAGAGCUAGGAAAUUUUUUGUUGACAAGGAGGCUAUGUUUCGAAGACUGGCUGCAGAACAAACGGAGCCGGUUGCUGGGCUUGACGCGUUGUGCAGAUGGGUGGAGGACAAGGGUCUGAGACGCGCUGCAGUCACCAAUGCUCCAAGGGCUAACGCGGAGAUGCUGAUCUCAUUGCUGGGGCUUGACGAGUUCUUCGAACUAGUUGUGAUUGGAAACGAGUGUGAACGACCAAAGCCUUUCCCGGACCCCUACUUGAAUGCUCUGAAGGGACUUGGAGUAUCUGCUGAUCAUGCAUUUGUCUUUGAGGAUUCUGUGUCUGGAAUAAAAGCUGGGAUGGCUGCUGGGAUGCCAGUGGUUGGCCUAGCUCUAAGGAAUCCUGAAAGCAUGUUGACGGGAGCUGGGGCAGCUAUGGUGAUCAAGGAUUAUACCGAGACGAAGUUGUGGACUGCUCUAGAAGAAAUUUCCAAGAAGAAAGAGGAGCUCAAAGUUACAUGAGCUGGGAAUGUGGCCAGGGGUGCAUUGAUUGACCUGUUGUAUUUGUAGCUCUAGUUAUAGAAAAAAAAAUCCAUUCUUUCAACAUAUACGAGACAAUAACUUGCCCCUUUUAAAUGAAACUGUACCCUUUGCUCUUGUACCUGAAUUAUAGUACUAAAUUCAAAACUUACAUCUUGGUUCUGUA